AUGGUCAAGGAAACCAAGUUUUACGACGUUCUCGGGGUUGCCCCGACAGCCACAGAGGCUCAACUGAAGACCGCCUAUAAGAAGGGGGCCCUCAAAUACCACCCUGACAAGAACGCAAACAACCCCGAUGCCGCUGAAAAGUUCAAGGAACUUUCCCGUGCCUACGAAAUUCUCUCCGACUCCCAGAAGCGUUCUCUCUACGACCAGCUCGGUGAGGAAGGCCUUGAAAAUGGUGGUGGCGCCGGCGGAAUGGGUGCAGAGGAUCUCUUUGCCCAGUUCUUUGGCGGCGGCGGCGGCUUUGGAGGUAUGUUUGGUGGUGGUAUGAGGGAGCAGGGCCCCAAGAAGGCCCGCACCAUCCACCACGUGCACAAGGUCAACCUGGAGGAUAUCUACCGCGGAAAGGUUUCGAAGUUGGCCCUGCAGAAGUCUGUCAUUUGCCCUGGCUGUGAUGGUCGUGGUGGUAAGGAAGGUGCCGUCAAGUCGUGUGGCGGCUGCAAUGGUUCCGGUAUGAAGACUAUGAUGCGCCAGAUGGGACCUAUGAUCCAGCGUUUCCAGACUGUUUGCCCAGACUGCAGUGGCGAGGGUGAGACGAUUCGGGAGCGCGACCGCUGCAAGCGCUGCAAUGGUAAGAAGACCGUUGUCGAGCGCAAGGUCCUCCACGUUCAUGUCGACAAGGGUGUCAAGAACGGCCACAAGAUCGAAUUCCGUGGGGAGGGUGACCAGAUGCCUGGCGUCAUGCCUGGAGAUGUGGUCUUCGAGAUUGAACAGAAGCCUCACCCCCGGUUCCAGCGUAAGGAAGAUGACCUUUUCUACCACGCUGAAAUCGAUCUUCUCACAGCUCUUGCUGGCGGUACCAUCAACAUUGAGCACCUCGAUGACCGCUGGUUGACUGUGAACAUCGCCCCUGGCGAGGUUAUCACUCCUGGCGCCAUCAAGGUGAUCAAGGGUCAGGGUAUGCCCUCAUUCCGCCACCAUGACUUUGGCAACCUCUACAUCCAGUUUGACGUCAAGUUCCCCGAGAAGGAUCAGCUCAGCAACCUCAACCUUUUGGAACAGGUUCUGCCCACCCGCAUGGAGCAGCCCCAGCCACCUGCCGAUUCCAUGGUGGAGGACUUCGAGCUGGAGGAUGUCGACUCUAGCGAGUACUCCCAGGCACGCGCCCAUGGUGCCGGUUCUAUGGACGAGGAUGACGAUGACGUUCCUCCUGGCGCUGAGAGAGUGCAGUGCGCCUCUCAGUAA